AUGAGUUGGGAAGGGUUCAAAAAAGCCAUAAACCGUGCAGGGAAUACUGUCAUAGUCAAGAACAUUGACAAGACAAUAGAUAAGGAGUAUGAUAUAGAAGAACGUCGUUACAGAGUCUUGCAAAGGGCAGGUGAGGAAUUACAAAAGGAGGCCAAAGGUUACUUAGAUUCUUUAAGAGCUGUCACUGCAUCUCAAGUUACCAUUGCUGAAGUCAUUUCAAGUUUAUAUGAUGACUCUAAAUAUAUUAGUGGUGGUGGUUAUAACGUUGGUAAUUAUUAUUUACAAUGUGUUCAAGAUUUCGAUUCGGAGACAGUUAAACAAUUGGAUGGUCCAUUCAGAGAGACUGUUUUAGAUCCAAUUUCUAAAUUUUCUUCAUAUUUUAAAGAAAUUGAUGAAGCAAUUAAGAAAAGAGCUCAUAAGAAACAAGAUUUUGAUGCUGCAAAGGCAAAAGUGCGUCGUUUAAUUGAUAAACCUUCAAAGGAUGCUUCAAAGGUACCCAGAGCUGAAAAGGAAUUACAAUUAUCAAAGGAUAUCUUUGAACAUUUGAAUUCUCAAUUGAAGACAGAAUUACCUCAGUUAGUAGCUUUAAGAGUUCCAUACUACGAUCCAAGUUUUGAAGCUCUUGUCAAGAUUCAAUUACGUUUCUGUACAGAAGGUUAUACAAGAUUGGCACAAAUUCAACAAUAUUUAGACCAACAAUCAAGAGAUGAAUAUGCAAAUGGUCAACUGGAUACUAAGAUAGAGGACUUGCUGCAACAGAUGGCUACUCUAGAUAUUUGUGCCCUUGGUCUUAAAUGA